GACCGCCCCGGCCCGGCCCGGCCCGGCCCGGCCCGCCGAGCUGACACCAUGAACCGGCUGCUGCUCAGUGCGCUGCUGCUCUUCGCCCCCGCGGACCUCGUUGUGGCGUGUCCCACGGGCUGCCAGUGCCAAGACCCCAAGACCAUCCUGUGCGCAGCGAGGCGAGGGCACACGGUGCCCAGCGGGCUGCCCCCCAACACCCUGUCCCUGUACGUCUUCGAGAAUGGCAUCACCACACUCAGCGAGGACAGCUUUGGGAGCCUGCCCGCCCUCCAGCUCUUGGACCUCUCGCAGAACAAGAUCACCGCCAUUCAGAAGAAUGUCUUCCAGCCCCUAACAGAGCUCGUCAACUUGGACCUGUCCUCCAACCAGCUGCAGGAGAUCACCAAUGAGACCUUCCACGGGCUGCGGCUCCUGGAGCGCCUCUACCUGCAGAGGAACAGGAUCCAGCACAUCCACGCUGCUGCGUUUGACACUCUGGAGAACCUCCUGGAGCUCAAACUGCAGAACAACCAGCUCUGGGUGGUGCCUCCCCUCGACCUGCCCAACCUCCUGCUGCUGGACAUCAGCUGGAACAAGAUCCCUGCUAUUGCGCCCGGUGCCUUCCGCGCAGUUAACAUUGAGUCCCUCAAGAUCGCGGGCCUGGGCCUAACGAGCCUGGAUGAGGAGCUCUUCCAGCCCCAGAACAACCUCCACGAGCUGGACGUCUCCGACAACCUGCUGGAGCGCGUCCCUGCGGUGCUGCGGCGCCUGGGCAGCCUCACCAAGCUCAACCUGGCGGGCAACGCGCACAUCUCCCAGCUGCUGCCCGAGGACUUCCACAGCCUGCACAACCUCCAGGAGCUGGAUAUCAGCAACCUCAACAUCAACACCAUCCCUCGGGACUUCUCCGGCUUCUUCCCCAGACUCCGGGCCGUGACAGCUGCAGGAAACCCCUUCAACUGUAUCUGCCAGAUGAGCUGGCUCGUGCACUGGGUGAACACCAGCGGGGUGGCCCUGCGGCGGCCCGAGGAGACGCGGUGCCAUUUCCCCCCAAAAAACUCGGGCAAGCUCCUCCACCACCUGCAGUACGGUGACUUCGGCUGCCCCACCACCACCACGACCACCACGAGCAGCACCGCGCGCCCCACCACCCUGCAGCCGCCCGCGCUGCCCCCCACCAGCAGCCGCCCAUCUCCAGCGCCCGGCACCGCUGCGCCCAGCCCGGACACCGGGGCCCCCCGGGACAGCUCCACGGCGACGCCGCUCAGCGCCCCGGGGGGCCCCACGAGCCUCCCGACGCAGACGUGCCCCCCUCGCACGUGCCUGAACGGCGGCACCUGCCAGCUGGACGCUGAGAACCAGCUGCGGUGCCUGUGCCCGCAGGGCUUUGCUGGGGCCUUCUGCGAGGCGCACGUGAGGAGGACUACGGUGCCGCCCGCCACGCAGGCGCCCACUCGGAGCGGGCAGAUCAGUAUCAAGCAGGUGAGCAGCACGUCCUUGAAGGUGGAUUUCCAGCACUACGUCCAGUCCAAAGCGCAGCUGAGGGGCAUCCGGCUGAGCUACCGCAACCUCUCCGGGCCGGACAAGCGGCCCGUGAUGCUCCGCUUGCCGGCCUCGCUCUCCGAAUACACCGUGCGGGCCCUGAAGCCCAACUCCACCUACCGCGUGUGCAUCGGGCCGCUGMGGGAGGGCUCCCGGGAGGACUUCUGCGCCGAGGUGCGCACCUUGCAGCUCACCCACCAGCAGCACUCGCCCGUCACCCAGGGCAAGGACAGCAACCUCACGCUCAUGAUCGUGCCCGCGCUGGCCGCYGUGCUGCUGCUCGUGGUGGUGGUCACCGCGGUCACCUACUGCCGCCGACACCGCCAGGCAAAGACCGACACGGGGGCCGGAGUGGACUCCRGCCCCCUGGAGCUGGAAGGUGUGAAAGCCUGCCUGGAAAACGGGGAUUUGAGCAGCCACAAGGCGCCAGAGAACGCGGUGCUGUCGAACCCCUUGGAGUGCGAGGUGCCGCUCAUGCAGUCGCACUACCCCAGCAACAACAACAGCACGGCGCUCAAGCCAUCCUAUUUCUGAGCGCAGAGGGGCCAGGCAAGCGGAGCGGGAUGCGGCAAUGCUCCGGGAGCAGCGCCGGGGCCCUGCCGGGACCAGGAACGCUGAGGAGUUAACUCAAUUAGGACGGAAACCCAAAACCCGUAACGUGCAAUUUCUGAGAGGCUUACACACUUAGGGAGGAGACACUAAUUUUACCGCUCAGCAUAUGACUAAGUGCCUUGACUUCUGUGACUCUACGUGGAAUGUGGUUAGCGAAAGAGAAGGGGUUUUUUAAUUUGGGAUUUGGGUUGGCUUUCUUUUUUAGCAGUAGCUGAAAAGAAAGUUGUCCGUGACUUAGCU